GGGAAGUUUUCGCCGAAGCGCGUUUCUGUGCUUGCCAUCUGUCGUACGUCGUAAUGGAAAUUGUUGUGGACGAAAGAUAAUCGUUACUUCCGAUGCUUUCCUGAUCUUGUGUUACUGCAAUUUCUGCGCUUUAUAUACACUAGUCCUAUUUGUCCUUUAUUCGCCAAACUUUUACUAUAUCCUUAUCCGUGAUACCUUUUACGUUCGAUGUUCCCUUAGCCAACAACCCACUGCUUAUACUUCUUAAUUCGCUACGAACGACUCCAAUGAAUACGCAAUGAGCAUAGAAGAUUCGGGAGAACCCCCCGCUAAAAAGAGGAGGUUUUUCGCCGACCCAGAAGAUGAGGAUAUUUCGAGCCAGCAAUGUUUACAGGGGACGUUACCUCUCGUAGAGAAGACCAUCGACCAUGUUUCCAAUCAAGUGUCAACGACAAGCGCAUCUGGUGCGCAUCCCACGGAACCUACAUCUACAACGGAUCAAGCGAUGAUAUUUGACGAGAACACGUUCCAAAGCAUUGUGGGCGACAGUAUCGAUUCCGAGGCAUUGAAAACUAUCGGCGAAAAAUGCGGGAACGACCUUGAACGGGCUGUCAAUAUGUAUUUUGAUGGUACAUGGAAGAAGUUUCGCUCUCAACCAUCCAAAAACAAGACAGCAGCACUUUUCCUACCUCGAAAUUCCUCAAGCAGUGUAUCCGAUAAUUCUAAGGAACCCGGCCCCCCGCCAGCACAACCCCAAUUAUUACAGUACAUGCCCGAUAGUCGCUACAUAGGCGCAUUCGGUGUUGAAGGGUGGGCUACUCGAAGUGGAACGAACUUAUUAAAACACGGAGAUGUCGUUAAGAUCGAGCGCCAGAAGAUUCAGCUACCAGGCGCGUCAAUAAAGACAAAGGGCAAGGGGAACUCGCCACUACCUGUUCGAGUGAAUUCGGCUGCCGCUAGACGUGUUGACGUUAUCGUGAGGUUUACGGAUUCUCGGGGAACUGAGAUUGGACGGCUGGCUAAAGAAACGGCAAACUGGGUAUCUUCUCUUAUGGACCAGAAGGUCUGUAGGUUCGAAGGUAGCUGUGUUUACGCCCCGGAGAGAUUAAGGACCAAUGACACCGUAUUCCUGCAAUUGCGGUGCUUUUUAAAGAAGUCCGCUUUCGAGAGCACAGGUUUUCAAAUGUCUGACAACCGGUCAACUGGUCUUUUCGAGGAAAAAGAAACUGGUGAGGAGCGGAACCUACGCUUACGACAAGUAGCUCUUGUGCGAUUGUUUCAAGAGAUCAAUCUCACGCCCUCGAGAGGCAAUGCGGCCGCAGCUAGAAGCGCGCGGCAAGGUCUCCUUAAUGCUGCUGAGAUGGCCGAGAAAAAUAGCAAUGAUACUUCUAAAUCUACAAAUCCUGGUUCGUCGCCACCGUCGGAAGAUGCUGAAGAUGGCCAAGAACUUGAGCAAGAUCAGCUUGAUGCCCUGUAUCGAAAAGCUCAAUCAUUUGAUUUCAACACGCCUGAGGCUGAACCAGCCGAAUCCUUCAAUAUGACACUUCGUCCGUAUCAGAAACAGUCGCUGUAUUGGAUGUUAGCUAAAGAGAAAGAUCGGAAGAAUGAGGUUCGCGGAACGUCGAUGCACCCUUUAUGGGAAGAGUACGCCUGGCCAACAAAGGAUGUGGACGAUCAAGAGGUCCCUCAAGUUGACGGCCAACCUAACUUCUAUAUGAACCCGUACUCAGGCGAGAUGUCAUUAGAAUUUCCCGUUCAAGAGCAACAUUGCUUGGGUGGCAUUCUUGCUGAUGAGAUGGGUCUCGGUAAGACAAUUCAAAUGCUUAGUCUUAUCCAUUCGCACAAGUCCGAAGCAGCAAUGCGGAGUGCGGACACAUCCCUUGGCUCUGUCAGCGACCUGCGGAAGCUUUCUUCUAGGUUUGGUAUGCUUCCCGCGCCUAAGACCACCCUUGUUAUUGCUCCGAUGUCACUGCUUUCACAAUGGCAAAGUGAGGCAGAAAAUGCAUCCAAAGAGGGCACGCUAAAGUCCUUUGUCUAUUAUGGCACAGAAAAAAUUAAUAAUCUCCAAGCCCUUUGCUGUGAUGCUAAUAUUGCCUCCGCCCCUGAUAUCGUAAUUACGAGUUAUGGUGUAGUUCUUUCAGAAUUUACUCAAAUCGCUUCCAAGGCAGGCAAUAGAGAUUUGCACAAUGGCCUGUUUUCGUUGGACUUUUUUCGAAUUAUCAUCGACGAAGCCCAUACUAUUAAGAACCGCCAGUCGAAGACUGCAAAAGCUUGCUACGAACUUUCGGCUACACACCGUUGGGUUCUUACGGGAACCCCCAUCGUAAAUCGCUUAGAGGAUUUAUUUAGUUUAGUCAGGUUUCUUAGGGUUGAACCGUGGAACAACUUUUCCUACUGGCGAACAUUUAUUACCGUUCCAUUCGAGUCCAAAGAUUUCGUGCGUGCCCUUGAUGUGGUGCAAACAGUACUAGAGCCCUUGGUGAUGAGAAGAACGAAAGACAUGAAGACGCCCGAGGGACAACCUCUUGUUCCCCUACCCCCAAAAUCAAUGGAAAUUGUCGAGGUUGAACUCUCCAAGGCCGAGCGAGAUGUUUAUGAUUACGUCUUUACUAAAGCGCAACGUACGUUGUCUGCCAAUGUCGAGAAGGGCACGGUCAUGAAAGCCUACACCACCAUCUUCGCUCAAAUCCUCCGUCUACGGCAGACGUGCUGUCACCCAAUCUUGGUAAGGAACCGAGAUAUUGUCACUGAAGAGGAAGCCGCCGAAGCAGAAGCGGAUGCAGCCGCAGGGUUUAGCGACGACAUGGACCUCCAAUCCCUAAUAGAGCGGUUCACGGCAACUACGGGCGAUGAGAAGGAUGCUAAUGCCUUUGGCGCUCAUGUCCUUCAGCACAUUCGGGACGAGGCGGUAAAUGAAUGCCCUAUCUGCUCAGAGGAGCCAAUGAUUGAGCAGACGGUCACCGGCUGCUGGCACUCUGCUUGUAAGAAAUGCCUGCUAGAUUUCAUAAAGCAUAACACGGAUCGGCACCAAGUGCCAAAAUGCUUCAAUUGUCGCGAACCUAUUAACAGUCGCGAUCUUUUCGAAGUGGUUCGGGAGGAUGAUGAUGACCCUGAGAAGAUACAAGCUUCGCCCAAGAUUAGAUUGCAGCGCUUAGGCUCAAACGAGUCUUCGUCAAAAGUGGUGUCGCUGAUGAAACACCUCCGUGAGCUGCGCAAGGAGCACCCGCGCAUGAAAUCGGUCGUCUUCAGCCAGUUCACGUCCUUCAUAUCGCUCAUCGAGCCGGCGCUCGCCAAGGCCAACAUGCGGUUCCUCCGGCUCGACGGCUCGACGAACCAGAAGGCGCGCUCGGCCGUCCUGAACGAGUUCCGGGAGUCGGGCAAGUUCACCGUCCUGCUGCUGAGCCUGCGGGCCGGCGGCGUCGGCCUCAACCUCACCCAGGCCAAGCGCGUCUUCAUGAUGGACCCCUGGUGGAGCUUCGCCGUCGAGGCCCAGGCUAUCGAUCGCGUCCACAGGAUGGGUCAGGACGAAGAGGUCAAGGUCUACAGGUUCAUCGUCAAGGACAGCGUUGAGGAGCGCAUGCUGAAGGUCCAGGAUAGGAAGAAGUUCAUUGCUACUUCGCUGGGCAUGAUGAGCGAUGAGGAAAAGAGACUCCAGAGAGUCGAGGAUAUUAAGGAAUUGUUAAGCUGAUGUGGAUAGAGUGAAGGUUGUGGAGUUGGGAUGGAUUGAAUUUCGUCCCGGUCUACCCUAGGUAUGGCGAAGUAUUUACCUAUCUUAGGUACCUACCUAGGUACCUGGUAUAUUGUAGAAUAGGCAUAACUCGGCGUUGCCUUUAGUACAAACAUAAGAACGUCCGGUUCGCGAUGGAUCCUGGAAGCUUUUGGGGAUCAGCUAUAAGCAUAAGUAGCGCUAGCUUUAACCCAGGAUCCUUCAUGUAACUUUACAAG